CGGCUUCCAGUGAUUUCCAGCGAGGAAUGUAAAAAAAACCAGGCUAAACUUGGAAAAAGCGCGAGUACGACGGAAAAUUCGCCUCGGGAAACUCGACCUGAUUUUAAAAGGAGAAUCGUCCUUGGACGCCGGUGGAGCCGAGUGGAUCGACGCCCCGCGAAGAACGAUCCCGAUUUGGCGGCAGCUCAGUCAAUCGCAAGCAGCGACGCGCAUCCAGUCUCACGACGGAACAGCCGCACCGAAUAGACGCCCGCCGAAGUUUAUUCUCCGGAAUCGAAGUUUCCUCCCCUCAAAAACACCCUUUUUACCUGGGUUUUCAAGUCAAAACUGCUUGAAAGGGGCCCCGACCCUCACAACCCCCUCUUUCUUUCUAUUCGUCCCCCCGGCCGUUCCUCCUAUUCAUGAUCCUGGUCCGUUUCUAACGAAUUCUUGGCCCUCGUGGUUCUCAUUCGCAGUCGCCACGGAUCAUCGUUCCAUACAACAGCCGAUUAAACAAACAUGAAGAAGAACCAGGGGAGUGCUGCAGAAAUGAAAAAAGAAGAACCUGAGCCCAGAACAACCACGCGGUCUUCACGAAGGUUGACCACUUCCGAAAAUGUGUCAACACCGACAAAAACAAGGAAAAGCACUGCAACUCAGAAAAAAACUGAGUCGAUUCCUCCCGAAGUAGCCAAGCCGAGCAGGUCGACAAGAAAUACUGAUGCAGCAAAAGUCCAAACGACGACCAGGACACCUAGAAAGUCUGCAGUUGCCGCAUCCAAAAAAUCAGAUGUGGCCACUCCUAAGAAGAGUACAGCUCAGAAGAGUCCUCCAACAGUAGUAGCAAAUAAAACGAGGCGAGCUUCAGCAGUAAAGGCAACCGAGACAGUUGAAAAAACUACUAAAUCACGUGCAACACCCACCAAGAGCAAGACAGACGAUAAAGAUGAAAAGGUCAAACCUUCCCAAAAGACUGGAGGGGUUACACCAUCUAGACGCUCGACAAGGUUGAGCGACAAAUUACCAGAUGAGGAAAGUGAAGUGGUCAAAAAGACAACGUUAGAUACUAUUGCAGAAGUACCUGCUACUGUCUCAAAGAGAAGGUCUUUGCUUAAUGAAUUUGAAGUAGUCUCACCGACCAAAGGGAAGAAAAUGCAAGAAGCAGGUAGUCCAGAAAAAAGUAAAACAUCUCAUGUAAACAAAUUAGGAAAAAGGAAAAGCCCUAGAGGGGCAGAGUCAGCCACCGAAGAGCCAGAGUCUAGUCCACCGAAAGCAAAAAGAACUGCUAAAAAUAAAGAAAAGGAUUCUGACAGUGGUAAAAGUCAAGAAGUUUCAAGUCCAAACAAGACGGUUAAAAAUUCAUCCCCUGAGCAAAAACUUGGAAAGCGGAAAAGUCCCAGGAGCAAAGAGGCCCAGGAUGACGAGCCCAGUCCUUCAAAAAAGGCGGCUAAAUUAAAAGAAGAGAAAUUUGAAAGUAUGAUAAGUCCAAAGAAGAAAAAAUUAGAGGCUUCACCUGAUCAAAAAAAAUCUCAAGGCUCCUCGCCUGAGAAGGACACCAGGAAAAGCCGUAGACAGGCAGAGGCAUGUACUGAAGAGCCAGAACUGAGCCCGACAAAAGCCAAAAGAACAGUCAAAAAUAAAGAAAAGGAUUCCAAUGAUGAUAAAAAACCUCAUGAUGUUGCAAGUCCAAACAAGGCAGGAACUAACACAGUAGAGCAAAAUCUUGCAAAAAGAAAAAGUCCAAGGAGUAACACUCAGGAAGGCGACCCUAGCCCUUCCAAGAGAGCUGCUAAAUGGAAAGAAGAAAAACUUGAAAACAUGGGCAGCCCCAAAAAGAAAAAACCCUCAAUCUCACCAGAAAAGAGUGCCAGAAAAAGCCCAAGGAGCAAUUCCAAUUCUAAAAACAAAAAUAAUACAGAAGAUGAAAAAAGUGAAGUGCUAUUGGAGUCUAGCCCAGAAAAGAAAACUAGAAGUCCGAAACAGCAGGAUUCUCCUAAGAGUGUGAAAAAAUCGAGUGUUGAAACUAAAAGCAAAAAUGAUUUAAUGGCAUCGCCCACCAAAACUCAAAAGAGUUUGACAAGCAGUGAUUCACAGGAAGAAAAACAGGUUGAAUGCAGUCCGAAAAAGACAAAGUUGGAAGAUGAAUCCAAACAGCCUGGUGUCACCGAGCCAGACGUACAAGAACAGGUAAGUCCUGAGGAGGCCGAGCCAAAGCAAGACACAAGUGAGGAAAAAGAAAAAAAAUCACUUCCACUGGAGACAGAGCAUAAAGAUGAUAAUUUAAAUGAACCCGACUCAUUAAAUGAAUCCUCAAAUGAUGUUGAAAACAGUCAGGAAUUAAAAGAUGUUGAAUCUGAGAACACUCAAGGUAAAAUGGAAGAAUGUCAACUAGAUACAAAUCAAGAAAUACCUGAAAAUAAUGAAGAACCAUCGAGCCUAGGAAAUAAAACAGAUGUUAAUCAAGAAAGCAAAACAGAAGUCAGUGCUGGUGAACAGAUUGUGAGUGAAGAAGUUGUAGAAAAAGUAAACAAUGAUGACAUUAAGACCUCUAAUUCUGUGGAAGAAGUUGAGUCUCCUUCCAAACAGAAUUAUGCUGAACAAAUAAUAGAAAAUGCUCAAAACAGUGCUCUCGAAACAUGCACAGCUGAAAACAAGAGUAAUGCCGAGAUACAGGAAAGACAAGUGGAGAAAAUUAAGACAGAUCUAGAACUUGACAGUAAUGCAGAUACAAACAAAACAGUCGAUUCAACCUCGCAUGAUGUAAACCAUAAAGAAAUGGUCAUGUCUAAUGAUCCACUAGAAACCAGUUAUAAAACGGAAGAAGAUAAAACUUUAGAUAGCGAUAAAACAGAAGUGAAAAGUUUAGACAGUCCAAAAGAGGACAAAGAAAAGCCUUUUGGAACACUUUCUCAAGACAUUCCUGAAUCUAAAGCAACUAGUAAGACUGAGAGUGAAGAGUUUAAAGAAGAAAAACAAGAUGCUCCGGUAGGUGGAUCUCCUCAAACAGAAGAAACUUGUGCAUCUGUAGUUGAAAAUGAACAAGCAAGUAAUAAAUUGCUUGCAGAACCUGUUGAAAAACUUCAUCAAAACAUUCCUGAAUCAGAAGAAACCAGUAAGACUGAUGAAAGCGAGGAGGCUAGAAAUGAAAAUACCGAAUUUGAAGUUAAACAAGAGGCUCAGACAGACGAAUCUUCUGAGAAAGAUAUCGAAACUUGUACAAAAUCCAAAGGUGAUGAAUGUGAUAAAAUCGACGACAUUCCUGCAUCUGAAGAAUCCAUAAUUUCUGUGGAAGAUUUCAUGGUGGAUUCUGACACAGAUAAGGAAGAGAAAUCAAAAGAUGCAGCGAAGCCAGAAAACGUCUUGUGUUUCGAGGAAGAAGGCAAUGAAGAAAAACCAGUCAACCCUCUACAUACAGAAAAAACUCCCCUAGAUAUAAAAGAAAACAAUUUAACUGAUGACCGCACAGAAUUGGAAGUCAGUAAAGUUGAAUUGUAUGAUGAGAAUGAAAAAUUGGAAGAUGAAGUUCAACAGAUUAAACAUGAUAAAGAUGGUUUAAAGGUGAAUGAGAAAAAUAGUCUGGAUGUAGAAAAUGCCAAAACUGAAAAAACUACAUUGAGCGACGAACUAUCAAACACCACUGUUUCGUUUUGUAGCAAAACUGAACAAAACGUCUCUGAAUCGCUUGAGCAAGACAAAGUGAAAAAAGAAAAUUGUGUAUCUGAACCUGAAUCGCCUUUGAAAAAUGCAAACAACCACACGCCUCCGAUGAUUCUAACCAACGAGAAUUGCAACGACAGUGACAACAGCUGUGAUAGCGGUGUGGAAGUUCAUAAAUCGCCCAUCGACAGGGAAGAUCAGUUCGAGAAUUUCCCCAUGAAGAAAAUUAACGUUGCAAGCCAAGCUCAAGAAGUUGAUACCGAAUCCGAGCAGAACCACGUAACGCCCGCUCAGGGCAAAGACAUCCCUCAAAUGGAGUUAGAGGAAAUAGAAACUGAGGAAAAAGAAGGGGACGAUACAAUUUUACUUAGCACAUGCGACGAAAGUGAAUCUGGCGAUGAAGAGUCAGCAGCUGAGAGCGACAACGAGAGAAAAUUGGUCAAGAACAAAUUCACAGACAUAGUGGAUAGGAUAGAAAAGGAAGUUCUUGAUAAUGGUAAAGAAGAUUGUAAAAAAAUGGAGAUGGAAAACCUGGAAGUAGGAGUCAUUAAAAGUGAAGAAGUUAAUGAAGACAAGGUUAUUAAAACUAUGAAGAUGGAAAAGCAGGAAGUAAUGGAUAAUUCCUGCUCUAAAAAGACCAAGUUGUCAGAAGAAGAAGAAGAAAGUGAAGUAACUUCAGUGAAAAAACCUAAAAUUGAGCAAGAAAUUAAAGCCUUUGACAAUGAAGAUACACUUGACAGGCUUAAGUACAGGAUAUCAUUGUGCAACUUACCAAAAGAUGCAACCGAGAAUCAAAUCCGAACUGCGUUUACUACAGUCGCAGUUCACGAUAUCAUCGACACGUACAUAUUUGUUCCUAACGCCAAGAAAAAUAAGUCUGCAAGAGCUAUUGUCUCAUUUCGCACGGAAAAAUCUCUUCAUAAAGCCAUAUCAAGCUACGGUAAAAUCGAGAUCAACGGAACGCCGAUCUACAUGCUGUUCGACAAUGCGUUGCCCUUCAACUGGAAUAAAAAACCAGACACCAAUGAAAAUACCAGCAAUAAAGAGACGGCAAACAAAAACCCCAAAAAGAGAUACAUAGCUCACAUAUCCAAGAUCCCAAUAGUGGCAAAUGCCAAUGACAUUUUGAAUGCACUUGCAGAAAGGGGUAUUUCCUCAGUGUCCAGGAUCACACUGCACAAACCCACUUCUCCAUCUCAGCAUUACUUGAAAGGAUUUGUCAAAUUUUCUAAAAAAAAAUCUUUACUGAAAACUUUGAGGAAAGCCGAUAGGAUUAGAGUCAAUGGCAAUCCGAUAAAAAUAGUACCUGGUGAUGAAAAGUCUUAUGAACUCCUUAAGGCGAAAAGAGCGCACACUUUACCUAGUACUUCCAAAGAAAAUUCCACUGUACAAUAAAACGUUUUAGCGAUUGUUUGUUAGAUUUUAGACGUCUAAAAAAAUUCCCUCUGCUGGUUGAAACAGAAACGUUUUAAGGGGCCAAUUUCAAAUUAUACCCAUGAUUGUUUUUGAAUGGAUGUUGUUAGUCGUAGUGUCUGUGUUGAGGCCAGUAUCAUGGAAUUUAAGCAAAAGAUAUGUUUAUUGUUGUUUAUCUUGUUUUAUUUUACGUUUUUCUUGGUGUAAAUGUAAUUUUUUUUUUAAGUUGAACUGUCUAUUGCACAUGUGCUGACAAUUUUUUGUACAAAAUAAUGUUAUUAAAUUGAGCUUUUUAAGAAAUAUGCUUUCUUUUCCUGUACCAAGCUAAGAUGAACGAAGCAUAGCGUAAAGAUAUGCACUUCAAACCUGAUUAUUAUUACUAUAAAAGCUUUAAAAUUAAUUAAAAACAAAGAUUUACAUGAAUUACUAAUUUAUUUAUUAAAAUUAAAAUCAGUUCGGAAAGUAAAAAGGCAUAGUAAGAAAACAUUCAAAGUGACAAGAUAAACAACAAACCUUAUUAUUGACUUAAAUUCACUGGUACUGAUCUGAACACCGACACUAUUACUAACACUAUCCGUGCAAAAACCAUGUUGAUAGUCUUAAUUUGAAAUAGGCCGUUUCUCUUUAUGUAAAUGUAUUUUUUAAGUUGAAUUGUUUAUUGUGCAUAUGCUGUGAAUUUUUUGUACUAUAGGAAUACAUAUUAAAGCUAUAUUUUGAUAACAACAAUAAAUUUCUAUUAUUCAUUGAAUA